AAAAACGACGGCUCGUUCCUUCGUUUCGUCAAGAGGCUCGAAAAUUCGGAUCGUUCGCGAACUACCCCUCACUAGUGUCCACACGCCGUCCGCUUCGUCAGUGUAGAUCGGCUCGCCAUGGCGGAAGGACGCAGAGAACAGCCGCCCCAUCCUCUCCUCUCCCUACCACCGGCCAGCAAGCGACCGUGCCUGCGCCCUGCUCCCCGGGGCCCCGGCCCUGGUCCCGGCCACGGAAGCGGGUUAUCCAACUCUCGGUAUCGUUCCCCGGAGUCCCUGCUUGACUGCGCGGCGAAGGCAGUAGCGGAAAAGUGGGCCUUCGAAAGAGUCGAGGAGCGUUUCGAGCGGAUCCCGGAGCCCGUCCAGCGCCGCAUCGUCUACUGGUCUUUCCCCCGCAACGAAAAGGAGAUAUGCAUGUACUCGUCGUUUCAGUGCCGAGUAGCCGGCGAGGAGGGUCCCGCUGCGGCGACGAGCGGCUCGGGGGGUGCCGCGUCCGGAGCUCCGACCUCCGCCGCUGGUGGUGGCGGCGGCGGAGGAAGCUCCGCCGGUACCACGACGACCGUGGGAACAACCGGAGCUGUGGGAACCGGAGACGCGCUGCCUUUCCGCCGCGGGAUCAAGUUACUGGAGAGCGGCUGUGUGGAAAACGUUUUACAAGUCGGGUUUCACCUGAGCGGCACCGUAACGGAACCCGCCACCACAUCAGAACCGGAGGUGACCCACAAGGUGGCCAUCAGCUUUGAUCGGUGUAAAAUAACCUCGGUCACCUGCGGCUGUGGGAACCGCGACAUUUUCUACUGCGCCCAUGUGGUAGCGCUGUCCCUCUACAGGAUUCGCAAACCCGAACAGGUCAAGCUCCGGUUACCCAUCUCGGAGACGCUGUUCCAGAUGAACAGAGACCAGCUGCAGAAACUGGUCCAGUACCUGAUCACAGCCCAUCACACAGAAGUGCUCCCCACGGCUCAAAAACUGGCCGAUGAGAUCCUCUCGUCCAACUCUGAGAUCAACCAGGUCCACGGUGCCCCCGAUCCGACCGCUGGCGCCAGCAUAAAUGACGACAACUGCUGGCACCUGGAUGAAGAUCAAGUCCGGGAACAAGUCAAGCAGUUUCUGUCCCAGGGAGGAUACUACGGCUCUGGGAAGCAGCUCAACUCCAUGUUUGCAAAGGUGCGCGAGAUGCUCAGAAUGCGAGACUCCAACGGAGCCCGGAUGCUGACACUCAUCACGGAACAGUUCAUGGCAGAUCCACGACUGUCGCUGUGGAGACAGCAGGGCACGGGCAUGACGGACAAAUGCAGGCAGCUUUGGGACGAGCUGGGUGCAUUGUGGGUGUGCGUGGUGCUAAACCCCCACUGCAAGAGCGACGAGAGGAGCGGCUGGCUGAAGCAGCUGAAGAAGUGGAGCGACAUGGACGUGUGCCCGCUGGAGGACGGCAACUACGGCAGCGAGCUCCCAAACAUCACCAACGCUCUGCCGCAGAGCAACCUCGCCCAGGACUCGCUAUCCCGGCCGAGGAGGACCGUGUUCAGCCGCGCCGUCGAGGCGUGCAACCUUCACUGGCAGGGCAGCCACCUCCAGAGGAUCAUCAGCAGCGACUUCUACAUGUCGCCGUCGUACCAACGAGACGAGGACAGCCUGCUGUUUAACCCGCAGGGCCUUCCCCUUUGGCUUGACCAUGUACCGACAGCAUGCGCUCGCGUAGACGCCCUGCGUUCCCACGGUUACUCCCGGGAAGCCUUGCGAUUGGCCGUGGCCAUCAUCAACACGCUCCGCCUCCUGCAGCAGCGUGAAAUGGACAUCUACAAGCACCAAAAGAAAGAGCUUCUCCAGAGGGGCAUGACCACUACGACUAACCUGGAAGGCUGGGUUGGACAUCCUCUAGACCCCAUCGGCUGCCUGUUUACCACCCUCACCGAAACGUGUCGGGUGGAUGACGACAGCACCAUGGACACCGGAGAGGGUGAGCCCAGAAAUCCUGUCUACCAGCAUGUGCCCGUAUGGGGGAGUCAGGAUGGAGGGGAGUCGUACCUGACUCUGGCCCUAGAGGUGACUCUGAUGGGAAUGGGUCAGCAGAGGAUAAUGCCAGAGGGCCUUUAUGCUCAGGAUAAGGUUUGUCGCAAUGAAGAGCAGAUUGUUGGAAAGCUGCAGGAGCUGGAACUGGAUGACCUGCUGGUCCAGACCCUGCGGAAACAGGCCAUACAGCUGCUAGAAGCUGGUCCAUUCAGCGGUCUCGGUGAGGUCAUCCACAGGGAGAGCGUUCCUAUGCACACAUUUGCCAAGUACCUCUUUUCUGCACUGCUGCCACACGAUGCAGACCUGGCAUAUAAAGUGGCUCUCCGUGCCAUGAGGUUGCCAGUUCUGGAGUCGUCUGUCGGCUCCGGUGACGUCAGCCACCCCCAUCACGGCAUUUCCAUCGUUCCGAGUAGAUACCCACGGUGGUUCACACUGGGACACUUGGAGUCGCAGCAGUGUGAGCUAGCGUCGACCAUGCUAACUGCUGCUAAAGGUGACAUGUUGAGAUUGCGGACGGUGCUGGAAGUCAUCCAGAAAAACAUCCACUCCUCUUCGUUAAUCUUCAAGUUGGCCCAGGACGCCUUUAAGAUAGCCACACCCGCAGACAGCCCGCCGGAUAUAACGUUGCUCAAUGUGGCUUUGGAGCUUGGACUUCAGGUGAUGAGGAUGACUCUGUCCACCCUGAAUUGGAGGAGGAGGGAGAUGGUCCGCUGGCUGGUAACAUGUGCUACUGAAGUCGGUCUCCGUGCCCUGGUGAGCAUUCUCCAGAGCUGGUACACGCUCUUCACACCCACCGAGGCCACCAGUAUCGUGGCGGCCACCGUCAUGUCGCACAACACCAUCCUGCGCCUCAACUUGGACUACCCCCAGCGAGAGGAGCUGGCCAGCUGCGCGCGGACGCUGGCGCUGCAGUGCGCCAUGAAGGACCCCCAGAACUGCGCCCUGUCGGCUCUGACGCUCUGCGAGAAAGACCACAUCGCUUUUGAGACGGCAUAUCAGAUUGUGAUCGACGCCGCGUCCACGGGGAUGACGUACUCGCAGCUCUUCACCAUUGCCAGGUACAUGGAGCACCGAGGGUACCCGCUGCGCUCGUUUAAGCUAGCCUCCCUCGCCAUGACUCAUCUGAACCUGGCGUACAACCAGGACACGCACCCGGCCAUUAAUGACGUCCUUUGGGCCUGCGCGCUCAGUCACUCCCUGGGCAAAAACGAGCUCGCCGCCAUUAUCCCCCUUGUGGUGAAAAGCGUGCACUGCGCCACGGUGUUGUCGGACAUCCUGCGGCGCUGCACCAUGACGGCGCCGGGCCUGGCCGGCAUCCCCGGGAGGAGGAACUCUGGGAAGCUGAUGUCGACGGACAAGGCGCCUCUGCGGCAGCUCCUGGACGCCACCAUCUCGGCGUACAUCAACACCACGCACUCUCGGCUGACGCACAUCAGCCCGCGCCACUACGGGGAGUUCAUAGAGUUCCUGAGCAAAGCGCGCGAGACUUUCCUGCUGGCGCAGGACGGCCACAUCCAGUUUGCCCAGUUCAUAGACAACCUCAAACAGAUUUACAAGGGCAAGAAGAAACUCAUGAUGCUGGUCCGGGAACGCUUCGGUUGACCCCUGCCAAACUUUUUUUAUUUUUUUUUAUUAUUUCUAUUUAAAUGUUUAUUUGUUUUUCCACUUCUUAAGUUGAGCCAUUUGUUGAACAUUUUGUUUUUAGCGUCCAGUGUGGUUGUUUAGUUUCUCGAAUGUGAACCAGGAAGUGUUGCCUCCACUUCACCGACAACCCGUUUUCCACUGCAGCCGACAUUGGCGCUGGUGCACAGUUCACAGCUGGACUUGAACCCGUGUGGGCCAUGAGCAGGCUCUACACCCGAUUCUUUUUCCAUUGUCAUGGUAUCGUUACAUCACAGGGGUUAGCGAUUUAAUAUCAACUCAUUCGCUAGUGGACAUUACCUUUAGCCAAAAUAAACGACUAUACCAACAUAAACAACAUAAAAACAUGAAAAUUAUUUAUUUACAAAUAUAACACCAUUUGGGGGCAGCACGGCGGUCGAGUGGUUAGCGCGCAGACUUCACAGCUAGGAGACCAGGGUUCAAUUGCACCCUCGGGCAUCUCUGUGUGGGGUUUUGCAUGUUCUCCCCGUGCAUGCGUGGGUUUUCUCCGGGUACUCCGGUUUCCUCCCACAUUCCAAAAACAUGCUAGGUUAAUUAGCGACUCCAAAUUGUCCAUAGGUAUGAAUGUGAGUGUGAAUGGUUGGGCAAACUACAGCCCGGGGGCCACAUCCGGCCCGCCAAGUGUGUGAAUACGGCCCGCCCGUUCUUUCCAAAGUAUUGAAUUUAAACUUAACAUACAACCUUGCAGGGCUGCACGGCCGAUGAGUGGUUAGCACGCAGACCUCACAGCUAGGAGACCUGAGUUCAAUUCCACCCUCUGCAAUCUCUGUGUGGAGUUUGCAUGUUCUCCCUGGGCAUGCGUGGGUUUUCUCCGGGUUUUCUCCCACAUUCCAAAAACAUGCUAGGUUAAUUAGCGACUCCAAAUUGUCCAUAGGUAUGAAUGUGAGUGUGAAUGGUUGUUUGGCUAUAUGUGCCCUGUGAUUGGCUGGCGACCAGUCCAGGGUGUACCCCGCCUCUCGCCCGAAGACAGCUGGGAUAGGCUCCAGCACUCCCCGCAACCCUCGUGAGGAAAAGCGAUAGAAAAUGAAUGAAUGACCACCAUUUGGUGCAUGCGUAAACCUUCCAAUGCGUAAACGUCUGCGUGCUACACUCCAUGUAGAGCCUAUGAGUCACAGAAUUGGCUAAUAAAUAUGGAAUUUACUCUCUAACACAGAACGUAGACGGAGGACUCGUGAAAAGAAGUAUUUCCCAGGCGAUACAAACGGCAAACAACCCUCUGUCAACCUCAACACGGAGCGUGAAUUGAAGCCAGCGGGAGUUUAAAUAAAGUUAAAACGACGGUUUAACACCCCACUACGCACCAAUUCAGCACCGUGACAAUGGAAAAGCAAAACCAGUUCUGAACCAGCCACAGUGGAAAAAAAAGGUAUGAAGACUUGCGGGGUGGGUGGAGUGGGCGGAAUCGCUAUACAAGACCCGAUAGAAGACAGCCCCAACCCCCCCAAACGAAUGUUAAAUCCCAUGUGAAAAAGUGAUAAGAUUGUGAAAAGUAGCUUUUGUUGUUAUGCGGCGCACCGGCGUACAUAAAGAAACCAAACCAUUUGUGUUUUUAACCCACUUGAGAGUGUUACUGUCAUACCUCCACUGUAUUAUUUAUCAGCUUUAGACAAUACACGACUCCAAAUAUCGACACUACAGUAUCAUGUGGAAGCGGUUCCGAGUUAAUAUCUUAAAACUUUUCCAUCGUACUCGCAAGAGAUGUCGACAUUACCAAAAGUGUGCAUGUGUCAUGGGACGGAGAAGCUGAAAUCUGAUUGGAGGAGAAAAAAUAAUACACAUACAUGCCAAGAUUACAGACUGUUGGGAAUGAAUGAAUAUGAUCUUAAUGUGGUAACUAUGGUGCGCUCAAGGACCAUGGAACAAAGUAGGAAAUCUCACCACUUGAUUAAAAAAAUGCAGCAUAAGUAAAGCGUAAAAAAAAAAAAAAACAUUUUAAAAUGGCGGCCUUUUUAACGGUGAUACACACAAGAUCAUGAAUGAACAAACAGAAUCGGUGUUACAACUGUGGUGCAUUGAAGGACCGUAGAACAAAGUAGGAAAUCUCACCUUUUGAUGAAAAAGCAGUAUAAGUGAAGCGUUAAAAAAAACAUUUUCAAAUUGUGGGCUUUUUAACAAUGAUACACAUAAGAUAAUGCAUGGACAGAAUUGGUGUCACAACUAUGGUGUGUUCAAGGACCAUGGAACAAAGUAGUACAUCUCACCACUUGAUGAAAAAGCAGCAUAAGUGAAGCGUUUAAAAAAAACAUUUUCAAAUUGUGGGCUUUUUAACAGUGAUACACACAAGAUGAUGCAUGGACAGAAUCGGUGUCACAACUAUGGUGUGUUCAAGGACCAUGGAACAAAGUAGUAAAUCUCACCACUUGAUGAAAAAGCAGCAUAAGUGAAGCGUUUAAAAAAAAAAACAUUUUCAAAUUGUGGGCUUUUUAACAGUGAUACACACAAGAUGAUGCAUGGACAGACAGAAUCGGUGUCACAACUGUGAUGCGUUCAAGGACCAUGGAACAAAGUAGGAAACUUUUUAACAGUGAUACACACAAGAAUGAAAUUUAUGAAACAAAUACUAGACGUGGUAAAUGUAAACACAGACCGUAAACACACCACGCCGUCCACGCUGACCCACUCUCACACUCACAGGAUAUACAGUAUACCGACAAUAAAUAAAAAAAACACUCCGUACUGUGCGGGUGGGUAAAGCAAGCGCUCCUUUUUUCUCCUGUCUGUGACGUUAACGGCAUGUCGGAACUUCCCAGAGUGGGAAAAAAAAACCCAUCGCGCACACCUUAUCACCCACUGGAAAAGUGCAAAAUGUUAGCUGGGGACCAUAGCAGCUGCUCUGAGCGUGUACCCGAAUACAGUGCACCUUGCUGGGCCACAGCAGGUUAUAAAUACUCCUUCCGCUCGGGAGUCAGUGAGGAAACGGUAACUCUUUCUUCGGCGGCAGCCAAUCAUGAGCUAUCACAGUCUUGAGUCACUGAGAACACUGAAUUCAUCACACAGCAGCUUAACACAAAUAUACAGACAUGUACCAAUACGAGUAUGUUUUCCCCCAUUGGGGUACUGCAAUGACGUCAGCCUCCCUCUGGUGGACAGAGGCAGAGCCGCCGAUCCAUUUUUGGACAUCCCGAGCUAGCGAGCUUGUUGCUUGAUUUUAGCGAAUGGGGCGAGGUGGUACGCUCGUCCUGCAGUUCAGCACUUGACUCAAAUACCUCUUCAGUACUGUUGUUUAUUUAUUCAUGGUGGUCGGCAGGAGGGUCGGGAAAACAAAAAAAAAAAAAACGGGACAUUUUCUUUUCCCUAACAGUUCGUGAGAGGUGAACUGUCCCGCUUCCGUAUUUUUUUUUUAUUAUUUUGCCGUGGUUGCUUUUUUUUUUUUUUGUCUUGUAUGUUUUGCUAUUGAAGAAACACCGAAGAAUGAAAAGGAAAACAAGAGGCUAACCUUAGUUCUCAGGGACAUCACUUAAAGAAACAAAACAAAAGGAGAAAAAAAAAGUAGUAGCAUUUAAAGUAUUGUAAAUAUGAAAAAGUGUCAAUUGAGAAAAAUUGUAAAAUGAUAAUUAUUUAUGAUACGUAUGUUGUGUUUUGUUUGUGGUGGGAGUGAACUGUUUUGGAUGUGUGUGUGGGGG